AUGGUUAGUAGAGAUACACGAUUAAUAAUUGCUAAUAUUUUCUGUGUUUUUAUUGAUAUAUUCAAUCUUGCUGAACAAUUAGGUAUCUACUUCAUUGCCAAAAAUAAUGAUUUGGAUGAAACUUCUCAACAGCGCUUUUUUUUCAUUUUAUUCGGUGUUGGCGGUGCUUCACUAUUUAAAUCAUUACUCUGUCAUCCAGUCGCAAGAAUUAUAUUCAGUAUGUGUAUUGAAACUGGUGAAUUAGUAUCAUAUUUAACAUUAUUACCCAAUUCAACUAAUUUAAUGAUCGUUGCCAUCUUAUUUUUUGUUCUUGAAAUUAUUUUUCAUAUGCUUUCUAUUAUCUGUAUUUGUGGUAUUAGUGGAAAUAACGUAGAAGAAUGUGGAAAAAAUUGUUGCUUAUUACCAUUGCGUAUACUUUUAUACGGAACACUCUUUGAAACUCAAAUAUUUUUUCUAUUUCUCGAUGCAAAUUCACCAUUUCGUGAUACAUUCUAUGAAGUUCUAAUGGUAUUAGCAACAUUUUUUGGUUUACCUAUGAUAGAUAUAGCUACUGAAAAAGCAUGUCAUAUUGAAGACAAGGAUGAAGAAAAAACUAAAGUAUUGGAAGUAUGGGAAGGAUUUUUAAGAAUAUUAGGUGCUAUAAUAGAUCCAAUUCUUAUAAUUACUGCGGUAGUUUACUGUUCUCUACAGCUGCAAAAUCGAGAUGGAUUAAAAACUUAUGAUUUUGUUAUUUAUAUUAUUACUAUAAUUUCUUAUGGAUCAAUCGUAUUUGCAAUUGCAUGUGCUUUGGGAUGUACUUUAUGUAUUUGUGCUGGUGCAUUCGUAGCAUUUUUAAAAAAAUGUUUAUGUCCAACUAAAUAA